ACACAGGGUGGCCACUUUCUGGAAAACCGGGAAAACCGGGAAAAGUCAGGGAAUUUCACUGGUCAUGGAAAAGUCAGGGAAUUGUCAGGGAAAUUUAAUAGAGGUCAGGGAAUAAAAAUUGUCUUUGUAUGUACAUAAAAAAAUAAGCAAAUUAUUAAUUUUAUCAUCUCCAAAUUUAUAUAUAAUUAUACUAUAAUAGGUAAGUAAACGUGACCACGCGGCGCACGUGCCACUGUAUUACUCGGAAAUCGCCGCCGGCUGGGAUGUCAAAGGACGCCGACACUUAGCCGGCGCAGGUUGGCGGCAAAUCAAAGGCUGUAGGUAUCAGGUGUUCUAGUUACCGCCUUGCGCCCGCCCUUUGCAAUGGGUAAAUUUGUUUCAUUCCUAUUCAUUACGCGAUUGGAUAAAGACGAUAGUGAAAGUGCUGUGUGUCUUUGUGUACUUCUUUACUUACGACUUACGAGUAUUGUUUUUUGGAAGUUAAUGUGUGUUAAUUGGCAAAAGUGCAUUAAGGACGUGAAUUAAGAAGAGGACAUAAGGACUAUAAUUAUUCUGUUUCGUUUGGAUGACCUCGAUGGUCACUCUACGAUGUCGAAGAAAACUACUUUUAAUUGUGAAUGGCAAUUGAACGAUAAAUUUAAACCGUGGCUUGAACCUGUCAAAAAUGACCAUUUUUCCGCCUACUGUAAAUUGUGUAAAAAAAGUUUUACACUUAGUAAUAUGGGCGAGCAGGCUCUCUCCAGCCAUAUGAAGGGAAAAAAACACAAUAUUUUGUUAUCUAAUCAAAAUAAAAGCAUGAGCCUUAAAUCAUUUUACUCGGAAGAUAAAAAGGAACCUGUUUCCAAAGAACCCAUUACAACUACUUCCCCAGACAUAGUAGUCGAGUCAGCAGGACAGGUCACGCCAUCACAUCACAAUAAUAUUAAAGAAAAACGUGUUAUAAUGACAAUGCUUAUUAAGGACGAAAUUACGAAGGCUGAAAUCAUUUGGUGUAUGUACCAAGUACUAAGUCAUAGCUCACAAAGGAGCGGUGGACAAGCCGUGGAUCUCUUUCCUCUAAUGUUUCCGGACUCUGAUAUCGCAAAAAAAAUGCGCUUGCAAAGAACAAAAAUAGCCUACACUGUUUUAUACGGAUUAGCGCCAUAUUUUUUUCGACAGUUAAAAGAAGAAUGUUGCGAUUGUGAUGUCAUUACCAUUGGCUUUGACGAAUCCCUUAAUAAAGUUGCGCAGAAAGGGCAGAUGGACAUCUUUGUCCGUUAUUGGGACAAUGAAAAAAACCAAGUCCGAAGCAGGUAUUAUGGUUCAGCUUUUCUGGGGCACGCAACUGCUGAUGAUUUGUUGAAGGCUUUUCUUGCCACUACCGAUGGCAUUGAUACAAAAAAAAUAUUGCAGGUUUCAAUGGAUGGCCCUAAUGUGAAUAAGAAGUUUUUGCAAGACCUAAAAUCCAAACUAAAAAAUGAGGGCGAAGCAGGUGACCCAAUUCUGCUCAACAUGGGGAGUUGUGGACUUCAUAAUCUCCACAAUGCGUUUAAAAAAUCAAUGAAAGCCUCGGGGUGGAAGGUGGUAGACUUUUUACGUUCUCUAUACUACCUAUUCUGCUAUAGCCCCGCGCGACGUGAAGACUAUACAAGGUUUUCAGGCUCGAGUACAUUCCCAUUAAAGUUUUGUGCAGUACGUUGGCUCGAGAACUUUAGCGUUGUUGAUCGCGCCACUAAAAUCAUACCCAACGUUGAAAAAUAUGUGAAGGGAAUUAAAAACGAAAAAAAGCACCUGACAGCGCAAGCUUUACAGUAGUAAAUGCUGCAUUGGAAGACAAAUUAUUAAAGGCUAAAUUGGCCUUUUUUCAAUCGGUGGCGGUGCAAGUGGAGCCAUUUUUAACAUUAUUUCAAUCCGACGCACCACUUGCUCCACUUUUAUACGAAUCACUUUUGGCCACACUGAAAAAAAUCAUGCAAAGAGUUGUUAAAGUGGAUGUAUUGGAUUCUGCCACUAAUAUCACGUCGAUUGAUUUGAAAAAGGAGUCUAAUCUGAUAAACGCGAAAGAAAUCGACUUGGGCUUCGCUGUAAAGAAUGCUCUUCGAAAUAGCCGCGAUAUCAAAGAUAUCGAUAUCUUGCGUUUCCGUCAAGACUGUCGAAAGAGUCUAAUAGAAUUUUGCGUGUCAUUAUGCCAAACAUCCCCACUUUCGUAUGCUUUGACUAAGGGAAUAUCUUGUUUCGAUCCCGCAAUCGCAGUCAAUGCAGAAUUCCGACGAGAGAGGCUCGAUAAAGUGUUGGACAUAUUUGUCAAAAAUAACCGGCUUUCAGGAUAUGAAGCAGAUAACGCCAAAAGUGCUUUCAACGAUAUUUGUAAAUCACCUGAAUUUGAAAAAUCAAUGAAACAUUUUUCCAUUAAGGAUGGUCACCGACUGGAUGAUGUUUGGCUCAGUUUGACGAAAAAGGAAAAUAAAGACUUGCAAUCUUUAAUAAAAAUGGUCCUGGUGUUAUCCCACGGAAACGCUUAUAGUGAGCGUGGCUUUUCCAUCAAUAAGGAAAUAUUGGUGGAAAAUCUUUCGCAAGAAUCUAUAAUUGCGCAAAGACGCAUUUAUGAUGCUAUAUCGUACCACGGCGGUAUAGAAAAAAUAAAUAUUGGAAAAAAAAUGAUCCACGCGGCUCGUAAUGCUCACUCCUUGUACACAGAGGAGCUACACAAAAGAAAGGAAAAUUUAAGUUCUGAGGCGAAACUCAAAGCAGAAAAAAGAAAAAAUGAAGAAAUGGUCAGAGAACUUAAAGCCAAAAAGCAAAAACUUCUCGACGGAGCUGCCAAGGAAGCUGAGUUAUUAGAAGAACAAAUUGCGAAGUUUCAAUAGAUUUUAAAAUAUGUACUUAUAUUAUAAUAAACCAUGCUAACUGAUGACUUUGUUUCAGUUACACCCAAGCAAAAACUCAAAAAUGUAUUCCAAUUAUAUAUUGUAUAUUUAUUACAUUUAAGAUUAUGGUCAGGGAAAAACUUGAAAAAACGCCUGGAAAACCG